AAUUAAUAUCUUAUAUAGUAUGAUUUUGAUUUGUGAUGAGGUCGUGGGAAUUUGAUAGUGAUUUUCAAUGUUAAAUGUAUUGUUUGUUUCGUUGUGGUUGUCUUUAAUUUAAAAUCACCGUUGUUUCUCUUGUUAUAUAUAUAUAUAUAUAUAUAUGGAAUAGAGGCAACCAUAUAGCAUUUCUUGCUCUGUCCUAUAUUUUCUUAUUCUUCUUUUUUUUCUUCUCAGCUCUUGCUGUUUUGCUGUGACUUUUCUGGGCAACCAAACAGAAACAGAAACAGAGGUUGAAUCCAAUCCAAUCGAAUCCUCGGUCAUCUUUAUUUAAUUUUAAAUUGAUAUUUGUAUUUAUUUUUGUUGAAUUAAAUCUGACGAAAAUUAACUAGUAGGGGAAGAGAGAGAGAGAGAUUAAGAGAGGGGGGAUGGGAGUAGUGGAGAGUGAGGGCGGGAGGGAUGAAGGAGUGGUAAGGAGGAGGGGUUGCUCAUGCACAAAAGACGAUUUUCUCCCUGAGGAAUCGUUCCGGAGCUGGGGGAAUUAUGCAAGAGCUCUCAAGGAGACUCCGAUUCGGUUCAAGGAUCGGUUGCUGACCCGCUCCCUGGACACCACGGAGCUGGUGGAGAUGAAGGCUCGCAGCCAGCACGAGAUGAAGAAGACCCUCAACUGGUGGGACCUCAUCUGGUUCGGCAUCGGUGCCGUCAUCGGUGCCGGGAUCUUCGUCCUCACGGGUCUGGAGGCCAAGCAACAUGCUGGCCCUGCUGUUGUCAUUUCCUACGUUGUUUCCGGUAUCUCUGCCUUGCUUUCUGUUUUCUGUUACACCGAGUUUGCCGUCGAAAUCCCCGUCGCUGGUGGAUCAUUUGCGUACCUAAGAGUAGAACUAGGAGACUUCAUGGCGUUCAUAGCAGCGGGGAACAUCCUGCUGGAAUAUGUGAUAGGUGGGGCGGCGGUUGCCCGUUCGUGGACAUCCUACUUCGCCACUCUGUGCAACCAGGGAGCAGAGGAUUUCCGCAUCAAGCUGCACGAUGUAUCCCCGGACUACGGUCAUCUGGAUCCCAUUGCUGUUUUGGUCAUUGCCGUCAUCUGCGUCGUGGCUGUGCUAAGCACAAAGGGCUCCUCUCGUCUGAACUACAUCGCCUCCGUUGUCCACAUGGUUGUCAUUCUCUUCAUUAUCAUUGCGGGUCUCGCAAAAGCCGACACCAAGAACUAUCAGGACUUUGCUCCCUUCGGUGCUCGCGGCAUUUUCAAAGCUUCCUCCGUCUUGUUCUUUGCGUACGUGGGAUUUGAUGCAGUUUCCACCAUGGCCGAGGAAACCAAGAAUCCCGGAAAAGACAUCCCCAUCGGUCUCGUGGGCUCCAUGGUCAUUACUACGUUUCUCUAUUGUCUCUUGGCCAUAACCUUGUGCCUUAUGCAGCCAUAUGAUAGUAUUGAUAAAGAUGCUCCCUUCUCCGUAGCCUUCGGAGCCGUUGGGAUGUCCUGGGCUAAAUAUAUUGUUGCUGCGGGUGCGCUGAAAGGCAUGACAAGCGUCCUGCUCGUCGGAGCAGUGGGUCAGGCUCGAUACCUAACCCACAUUGCUCGAACCCACAUGAUGCCCCCCUGGCUCGCCCAUGUCAACGACCGGACCGGCACUCCUGUCAAUGCCACCGUGGUCAUGCUCGUGGCCACCGCGGUCAUUGCCUUCUUCGUCAAUCUUGAUAUUCUGGCCAACCUCCUUUCCAUCUCCACUCUGUUUAUCUUCAUGCUGGUUGCCCUGGCUCUUCUGGUGCGCCGCUACUAUGUGGCCGGGGUUACAACACAAGCCGACCGGAUGAAGCUGGUGGUGUGCCUGGUGCUCAUACUUGGGUCAUCAAUUGCGUGUGCUAUCUACUGGGGUGCCAGUGGGAAUGAUGAUUGGAUUGGGUACGCCAUAGCUUUGCCAUUUUGGUUGAUUGGAACCGUGGGCCUGUGGAUUUUUGUUCCACAAGCAAGGUCUCCAAAAAUGUGGGGGGUGCCAUUGGUACCAUGGUUGCCAUCAAUAUCAAUAGGGAUGAAUAUAUUUCUGCUUGGCUCCAUAGACCGGGGCUCCUUUAUUAGGUUCGCCGGAUGGUCCGGGAUUAUCUUGCUUUAUUACUUUUUCUUUGGGUUGCACGCUUCCUAUGAUGCUGCAAAGGAAUCUGCUUCUACGGGGAACAAGGAUCCCAUAAUAUUGGAGGAUGGCACUCAAUUCAAAAAGGUUGAAGAAGGGAGUGGUACUGCAGCCCCAUAAGUGAAGGUGAAGGUUAAGGAAUUUAUUAUAAUUAUAAUAUCUUAUGGCAGUUUAAUAUUGAUGUAUGUGCCUGCUCUCUUUAUCAAUUUGAAUAUUAAUUGUUGGGGCUGUAUGUUAAUGUUACCGGUCUCUUCUGAAUAUAUAUAUAUGUACAUAUAUACUUAAUUUCUCAAAUUAAUGUUCCGACAGGCUCAAAUCUGCUUUCUUCAAA